CAUCACGCUCGGUCCAUCAGCAGGGCAGAGGGAGAGCGCUGUGAGAGGAGGAGGGUCGAGGACGCGGACGCAGAAAGGAGCUGACAGAGCGUUUGUGAGAUAAUACAUGCAACAGGGAUGCACAGAUAGCCGCACCGGACCGCUGGUGGAUUACAAAGUUGAGCCAUUGUCUUUGAGAAGAAUUGGGAUCCGUGAGACAUACAGAAACAUUGGUUAGAUAAUUGAUUAAAAAAAUGGGUUUGAUACGCUUUUCUUCACUGAUCCUGGGAGCACCCACACCUUUACGCACACUUCUUUGCAGUUUUGCGCUUUUACUCUGCUGGCAGCCCUUGUGCCAAACGUUCAACCUUGACGUGGAGAGCCCGGCUGUGUACAGCGGACCUGACGGGAGCUACUUCGGUUACGCGGUGGACUUUUACUUGGUGGAUUCCGCGAGUGUGAGCGUGUUGAUCGGGGCUCCCAAGGCCAACACCAGCCAGCCAAACAUCACAGAGGGAGGAUCGGUCUUCUACUGCCCCUGGGGACUCGGCCAAUCAGAGUGCCAUGACAUCGAGUUUGAUGCUGAAGGGGAUCGCACCGUCCUCAUCAAUGACACAGACCAUAAGGCGGAGGUCAAGUCCCACCAGUGGUUCGGCGCCACCGUGCGUUCCCACGGAGACACCAUUCUGGCCUGCGCCCCACUCUACUCCUGGAGAACCAAGAAGGACGUCCCCCAGUCCGACGUGACCGGGACCUGCUACCUCUCUGCCCAGAACUUUACUAAGUUCGCUGAAUACGCGCCGUGUCGCACAGAGGUGACGGGUCACGGUGGUCAGGGCUACUGCCAGGGCGGGUUCAGUGCAGACUUCACUAAGGAUGGCAAAGUAGUGCUAGGAGGACCGGGGAGUUACUUCUGGCAAGGCCAGGUGAUCUCGGCAGACAAGGACAAGAUCAUCGAGACGUACUACCCAGGCUACUUCAUGCAGUCUGUGGUCGGUCAGCUGGAGACCAAACAGACGGCCAUCAACCAUGAUGAUAGCUACCAGGGUUACUCUAUCGCCGUGGGGGAUUUCAGCGGUGAUAAGCUGGACGAUUUCGUUGCCGGAGUUCCUAAAGCGUCCAUUCUUCGCGGAGUGGUUUCCAUUUUCAAUGGCACAACCUCAAAUCCAUGGUGGAGUUCAAAGGUGAACAGAUGGGUUCCUAUUUUGGCUACUCGUUGGCCACGACCGACAUCAACAGCGACGGGCUGACGGACUUGCUGGUGGGGCCCCCAUGUUCAUGCUGCGGGGUCUGACGGGCGGCUGGAGGAGGUGGGCCGGGUGUACGUCUACCUGCAGCGCGGGCCCCUGGACCUGGAGCUCAGCGAGCCCCACCUGACCGGCGUGGACGCAUACGGCCGCUUCGGGAACACCAUUGCGCCG